AUGGUUGGAAUCGUCAGAAAACAUCAACCAAUUUCACUUCGUUGCCUGCUGCUCCAAACUAUUCUCGCAUCAUGCAUUAGAGUCACAUUCGCUAUACGUGAGGGGAAACGAUGUCCUGGUGGCAUUGUAUCCAGAGAGUAUAUGAGGAAAAACUUCCCUAUCAGCGAUGCACCAUGCGUAGUAAUGGAAGGAAGUCUAAUUUUCAGACGCCUUAAUAAGUCGUUUGUCACGGAAGAAAUCGCCUAUCUAAAGAGACUUGGUCGAUACAAAUCUAAGCCAAUAUGGAUGAGCAAAUUUGAUGGACUGGAGCAAAUAAAUGGAGCGCUUAUCUUCGAGUGGAACAUCGGCAUUAAUAGCUUAUGGUUUCUUAGAGAUCUCAAAAUAAUUAAUGCUAGUGCUAAAGAUGGUCCACCGCUGCAAAUCAGUAACAACAGAGGCUUUCUACAACUUCGGCUUACGAGCCUGAUCGCAAUAUACGGUGAAUUCAAUUACAUAAAAAUCUACAACAGAAAUCGGUUACCGGAAGGAGAUGUGGAGAACCUAAAAAAUGCUGUUGGAAAAAACAAAACGGUCGUUGUACUCGAACAAUGGAAAUUUGACAGAUUUAAGGACAACCUGGGAGAAGGGCUCAUAAUGAUCGGAGCCACCGUCGUUGCGUUGGCAAUUUUCGGAUAUGGUAGUGCGUAUAUUGUCUAUUUAUGGGAAAAGAAGCAAGCGCUUAAAGAGGAAUUACUGAAAGCCAGUGCCACUCCUAAACAGCAACCAAAUCGGUCCAAAGAGAGAACACCAUCAGCGGAAACCGGACAAUGA